CAUCCUACAUUUUCACUACCAACCCUUCGACUCGGGAGCCCCUACGAACAGAACGACAACUCUUACACACACCUACUUGUUACCCCCUAGGACCACCUUUCUUACGCCAAAUACACUUACCACAACUCUCUACCACCUCGCCACCUCGCCACCUCGUUUAUCUUCCAUCAUCUCAAAAGCUGCGCUUCAACAUUCCCUUACCUAAAUCCUUACUUAAAACAAGAUAAUCAAGAUGACCAAAUCGAAGGUACCUGCUACUACGAGAAAGAAGCAAUCUAGUACCUCAACAUCAACUCUGUUAAGCCUCCAAUCAAACUCGGAGAUCUGGUACAAGAUUCACAUCCUACUCUAUGAUCUCUGUAACAUCGCCAGUGACCGAGCCAGUGAAGCACGUACUUUAGCCACAACUGAUGAGCUAUACAUUAGCGGCCCUUACUUCUCACCCGAGGAAGCCAUGAUGAUUAAAGCUACACUGGUUUCGCCCUCAUCGCUGAACGAGAUCCCAGAAUUCGAGUCUCUCUGUAUAGAUAAUCCCAACGAAGUCGAUGAAAGCAGCAAAGAAGUACCAACACCCGAGACAAUGACCAUCGAAGCCGCUAUCAAAUCCUAUCUCCAAAAUUUCUUUAAAAAGCGCAGAGCAAGUGGUGAUGCUCGACCAUGUGGACCCCAUGACAUGGGCCCAAUUUAUCAAGCAGUCUUUGGCAUUACGAAAGAAGAUUUGAAGAAUGAGAAGUUCUUGAGCAGGUUGAGGAGGACCGGUCUUGGCCAGUCAAAAGAGAAAGAGAAGAAUGCGAGUGAGAGUGUCUCUGGUAAGCAGAAGAAGAAGAAAGGACAGAAGGGCUAG